GCCCGCAGCAUCCCCAUGUGGUUGACCGACGAGGAGGCCAAGGAUGGGGACAGCUCCGUGUCGUCGGGCCGCCUCUCUGGCUCCUCGGGGGGCCACGAGUCGUGCACCCCUCCCCACAGGACUUGGACCGAGAGGGCCCCCCAGGUGCCAAGGCCACCGCGGCAGCCGAGAGAGAGCAACCCCCGGCUGGAGCAGCUGAGGGACAAGAUCCGGGCCCAAGCCCAGCGGCAGGCAAGCUGCGCCUCGCUGGGCACCUCGACACCCUCCAGCGCCUCACACCUCUACGAAGCUUCCACACCAGCACCCCGGAGGAAGGCCCGAAAGCCUUCAAACCCCCUACCAGCCCCGGCCUACCCAGGCAUCCUGAGUGGAACUGAAAGUGGAGUUGAAGAGAAGGCAACCCCUGGCCAUGGGCGUGAGGCCUCCAGGAUCUCCCAGCACCAAGUCUCAGUUGCACAGGAAAAAACCAAAAGGAUGAAAAGUAGUUCUUGCAAAACAGAGAAGGCCCCCAGGCCGCCUGCCCCUAGGAGAGCUGCCAAAGACACAGGUAGGGUUGACCCAGAUUCUGUGUUGGUUGGUGUUCAUGCCUGGAGGAAAGGACAAGCUCUGGUGAGGGUGCUGCUGGGGCCCCCGCCUGCCCUUUCCAGGCUCCAGAGCAAGGUCCCCUUGAGAGACCAGGCCCCCAUCGCAGAAUUAGAUCACAGCAAGAAGGUUGGAGCCACCGAGAGCUCCCCUAUCCACCCCCAGACGCCAAGUCCAGCCUCUGUCCACGGUGACCUGCAGAUGCCCUCAGCCAACGUGCCCACCCUGGCUUCCCGCGAUCCACCCGUGAACGUCCAGGCUGCUAUGGCCGUCCUUCGAGACCUCCGCCAGCAAAUCCAAGCUGGGCUGGAGCUGGCCCGGGCCCGUCACACGAGCCGAGGGCUGGAGCUGCAUGACCUGGCAGGGAGGAGGCGGCCAGGCCCCUGGAAACCCCCAGACGUCCGGGGCUCCUUCUGGAAGAGCCCUGGGGCCUCGACGGACGGGCUGCCCGCCUCCGAGAGGGCUGGGAGCCUCCCUGCCGCACAGCGCUGGAGCCCUGUGGCCGGGUGGGAGUCCUAUCCACACAGGACCUGGGCGGCCCCAGGACGGGACACCUCCUUCCAGAGACGCGUGAGCCCCACCGAAGGGCUGAACUCCUUCCCCCAGCGGCCCUGGAGCGCCUCGGCCAGGCAGGCCUCCAGCCCACCAAAGACCCGGGCGUUCCAAGGACGAAACCUCUCAUUGCAGAGGCCCAGGAGCCCCCCCGAAAGGUGGGUCCCCUUCCUGCAGCGGUCCUGGAGCGCCUCGGCCGGACAGGCCUGGGGUCCACAGAGGGCCUGGACUGCUUGUGAAGACCCGGCAGCCCCCGCCCCGAGGCCAUGGAGCCCUCUGGAAAGGCCGAGCCAGCCCACCUGGCGGCCCUGGAGCGCCUCCUUCACACAGGGGCCCAGCCCCCUGUGUCAGGGCAAGGGUCCCCUGCGGACCCCCUCGGGGGCCAAGCUCGCCUGGCCAAGGCCCAGCCGGGGUGCGCUUCGGAACGCACCUGAGAAGGAGAAUGAGGUGCGGCCACCUCGGCCUUGCCCCCAGCCCCGGGGGGCCCUGGGCCCCCUCCACGGCUCUGAGUCCCUGCGUGAGUUCAUGCGCCAGAAGACUGCAGCCUGGCGGCGGCAGGCCCUCGAGGAGAAGGCCUCAGCCAUGCACUCGCUGGAGCUCAGAAACCAGAGGCUCCAGGGCGCCCACAGGAAGCAGAGGGAGGCCGUGCUGGGCAGAGCCGUCCCCGUGGUCUCCCAGACGACCCCCGGCAUUGUGACCUUCGUCCCGCACGCGGCACAGUCCAGGGAUCUGGAAGCUGCCGCCGGGCCGGGGGCGCCGGUGCUGCAGUGGAGCAAGGUGACUUCCGGUAUGGUGCUGGGGGACCAGGAGGCCCCGGGCAGCUUCUGCCUGUGUUUGAACAGAGCCUUGAACCCCACCAAGACUCUGGAGGUGGAAGGCUCCCAAGAUGGCUGGGAGGGCGCGCCCCUGCUGAUGCCAGCCAGCUCCUCGCUGGGGCCCCUGAAGUUCCAGGACCUGAGUAUGCACUGCCGGAGCCCGGGGCUCUGCAUCUACCUGGACCCUGAGGAGUCGGAGCGCCUGGGCAUGCCGGGCCCCCUGCACUUCCGAUACAAGCAGGCCCGGCUGCAGGCCCUGGAGACCAUGGCCAACAUCCUGAAGCAGCGAAUCGACGUCCUGACGGACAAGCUGCGCCGUUCCGAGGCAAUGGACGCGCUGGUGGGGCCUGGCCCGGGGCCGCUGCCCUCCGGCUCCAGCACGCCGGCCUGCCCCAGAGCCCUGGUGCCCAACAUGGGCCAAGAGGCGCCCUGGGACUGGGCAGAGCUGCGGGCCAGGCCACUUCUCUCCACCCCUGGCUUCCCGGACACGGAGACAGUGCGCUGGAGCCCUGGCUGGGAGCGGCUGCAGAGUGCGAGCCCCAGGGCCCGCCAUGCCAGCGAGCCCAUAGGUUUCACGGACAAUGGACUCUCCGAGCUGGACAGGAGGCUGGCAAGAAACGUGGCUUCUUUCCAGGCCCUCAGCCCCUUCGCAGGGAGCUCACUCGGGGUGCCGGCUACGCCGGACCCCUGCAGCGGCUCCCGGCAGCCUGAAGAGACACACUCGGCCAGAGGGGCAGGCUUGGUCACGCCCUGGACCCUCCGGAGCUGUGGCCCGCUGUCCGACGUCCGGCAAAAGUCGCUGAGCUUCCUGGAGUCCCUGAAGCCGGACUGGCGGGAACAGGGGCAGGCACUGGCCCUCCUUCGGCGGCAGGGGGAGCUGGAGGUCUGGGAGACGCAGAAGGCCCUGGGGGAGCUGCUGUCCAGACCCAGGCUGGAGCGGCUGAGGGAGGAGCACUCAAUCCAGGCCAGGCCAGGGGCGGCCUUGGAGCCAGAGCAGCCGCAGGUGCGUGUGGAUCUGGAGCCGAGGACCUCUCAGAGUGCCGCGGUAGCCAGACCCAGCUCAUACCCACUCCCGGGCCGAGACGUGGCCAUGCCCUCCCCGAGUCCCCAGGACGGAAAGAAGAGUUGGGCAGAUGGGUCAGCUCACGCAGAGCCUGUGCAGGAAGGGAGACCAGCCCAGCCCCCCUCCCAGCUGCCCCCAGCCAGGCUCUGGGAGGAGCCCAGGUUCCAGGGGAGCCGGAGGAGGCCCCGGAGCGCGGCGCCGGUACCCUUCAGCCGCUUCACGAUCCAGAUGCUGGAGCAGAGCCUGCGGGAAGAGGACCUGCGCGCGCGGCACCAGGCCGCGCUGCUGCGCCUGCGCGAGAAGGCGCUGGAGGAGAAGACGCGCGCCGAGCUGGCCUGGCUGGAGCAUCAGCGCGGGUAUCUGAACAGGACUGGCAGCUAUGCAGCGCUGCUGGCCUUGGCAGAGAAGCAGCGCCAGGCCCUCGACCACCUUGAGCGGGAGCUGAGGGGCAUCCGGUACCUGCGGACCCUUCACCUGUCCUCUCACCGAGAGAGAAAGCUGCUCCUGCAGCAGCAGAAGGACAUCGUCUCCGUGCAGAGGUCCGCAGCCCUCCUGCAGCAAGAGCUUCAGGACCGGACGUGGCUGCCUCAGAGUUCCAGCCCCGAAGUCAAGGCCAGGCAGGAGGAAGACCCCGAGACAAGCCCCCAGCAGCCGGAGGGGCCGGCCCAGGGCUCCUCACACGCCUGGCACACGCCUGGCAGUCCCCUCGGCCAGCACCCGCAGAGGAGCGAGAGCCCGCCAGUCCCGCACCUGCUCAGAGAGCCGCAGGAUGGAACACCCCCUCCGGCAGCUUCAGCUGUGGUCGGUCACCUGUGGCCUCCGACGCUGGCGUGGGACGAGGACACACCCGCAGCGGCCAGCCGACCUGAUGCCAGAGGCCAAGCCCCGGAGAGCCACAGGCACAUGGGCCAAGGAGACCCCCAGACCAGCCCCAUCCCGUGGCCGGCGGAGGAAAACGCCCGGGCUCUGACGGGAAGCCCAGCAUCAAGCUUCCAAGGCCAGAGUCGACCCUCCCUGAGCACAGGGCAUCCCCACAGCUCCCAGGAAGCCCGUUGUUUCCAGCAGGUGGCUGAAGGCGGCAGGAGUCCACCAGGGUCAGAACCGGGGCUGGACUUUGCCGGCAGCUCCGUGGAGGGGCCUGCCGCCAUGGAGGCCGCUCAGAGCUGCUCAGGGGAGCAGAGGAUAGAGACCUGUCAGCAGGAGAACCCCCAAGCCCCUUUCUCCUGCCCAGAAGCUGCGCCGCCGACCGUGUCUCCAGGUGACGCCUCCACCCCUUCAAGGGCCCCCACCUUGAGUGAGGCCCCGUCCCCAGCAGCUGAGGUGGCGGCACCCCCAGCCCCGCACAAGGACGGCCCCCCGGCCCGGCUCAUGGCCCUUUGGGACCUGGCCUCCGAGCCCGAGUCCACCCCCAGCGCCUGCUCAGGGGCGUCUUCUCCACGGUCCACUGCUGCCUCCUCGGGGAGCCUCGCGUCAUCCUGCCCUUCUCUCCAGGAGUUUCAGAAAGCAUCCGCCAUCCUGGUCCAGCUUUCCGAGAGCCCCACCUCCCUCUCGGAUGGGGAAGCCGGGGACACUCCAGACACAGACCUCAGCUGGGCAGGGGGACUCCCUGUUCCAGACUCCUGGGGGCUCCACCAGGGCGGAGGGGCAGAGACCUGGGAGGGGCUGGAGGGUACCGAGGCCCUUUCCGGGCACGGCUCUGGCACUGGGGUGGCUGGCCUGGCUCAGGCAGGAGGUCUCCCCGUUGCUCAGUCUCUGUGGUUGAGGUCGGAGCAGUCCGAGUUGUCCAGCGAGGUCUGGGGCCGGGAGAGCCCACAGGAUCCUGGCGCCGGUGCCAGGCCAGCCCCAGGGCACUGCUCGCCCGCAGGACACGCGUCCCACUUGGAACAGCCUGGGAUGCCCCUUGCCCUGCCUCCCUUUCUGGGCCCAGGGGAGGGGCAGGAAGAUUCUGGAACCAGUGGGAGCCCGACCAGUGAAUCAGACACAGGAAAAGCCCAGCGGAGGUCCUGGGAGGCUGCAGGAGCGAGGCUCCCAUCCCAAAUCUCUUCCUCGAGUGAUUUCCACUGCACCCUUUCCUUCCCCUCCGGGACCUCGGCCUCCGAGUUUGGCAAAAGAGGAGAGACGGGGCCUCCGCAGGCCUCAGGUGGCUGCCCAGAGGGGCCCUGGGGCACUCACCCAAGUCCUUCCACUGAUGGGAAACCUCUACGGACCUCCUCUGAGCCUGAAGUCCUCUUGAUGCCAGGGGCCCCUCCUGGGAACCUGGGUGGGCAGGCAGCCCAGACAGCUGACAGCCAGGCCCCUGGGCACGGGGGGAGCAGAGCCUUCCCUGUCCUGGAGGAAGCCUGCACUCCUCUGGCUGGUGGCUUCUUGCCUGAGAUCCUGUCCCCGGUGGACGAGGGGCUGUCCUACAGCAGCUUCGACCUCCCGUCCUCCACCCAGAGGGACUCUCGCCUCCCUCCUCUGCCUCCUAUCCUCCCCGCGGAUGGGGAGACUGACCCUGCCAGCGCCCACUCAGGAGACGUCCCCACCCUGCCCGAAGAUGCCGUGUGUCCUGGGGGCUCGCUGGACACCCCAGGGGAGGCUGCCUGCCUCAUUAUGGGAGAGUGGUCCUCCCUGUCUGGGGAGGGUCUGUCUGAGUCACUGUCCCCGGGGCCCCAGGAGGAGGCCGGGCUCUGCCUCGGGGUGGCGGGACAGGGCAGAAGCCUUAGUGGAGAACUCGGUGAAUCAGGUUCUGUUGGGAGGGGCCAGGCCACGGACAGCUGCUUGUCUGAACCGGUCAGCUUGGGGUCUCCCUGGUGUAGGGGAGCAGGGGAUACCCCGGGGCGGCUCCUAGUGCUGACACCCCCGACCCUGUCCGGGUCUGGAGUGGCCUGCGCAUCUGUGGGGAGUCUGGCAGCUGGGGACCCAGGGCUGCCUGGCUCCGGGCGAGGGGACCUUGCUCUGGCUCUGGGCGCCGCACCGCACGCUGCCCUCCCAGGCAUGGAGAGAGCCGAGGUGGUGGACGUGCUGGCCUCCCAGCUCAGCAGCAGGAUCCUGAGGGACACCCUGGCCGUGCUCUCAGAGGCAGCCCCAGCAGGCAGCCUGGCGACAGAGGGGCCCACGGGGACCAGCCGGGUCACGCGGGCUCACAUGGCAGCCACUGGGCGGUCGUGGGGAAGCCUGGAGUUCUGA